AUGAGCGGAAUACUUAGUACUAUCACCGGUGCAUUGGGACGAUUGUUCGAAAAUCUCUUACCAAGCUGGGGAGACCCGAUGCCACCUGAGUUACCUAAACCUUCCGAGCCACCAGUACCAGAAGAGGAUGAGGAGGGGGAAAGCAACUAUGAGACUGCCGAUGAAGGAGAUAUAUCAGCUUCUAAAUCUGGAUCUGAUAAUGAGUUUAAAUCUGAAGAAAAUAAAAUAAUAUUUCGAAGAAUAGAAGAUCUAGCUCCGAAAAGGUUAGUAGAAACUAGAAGAAUUUCUGACCAAGGUUUAUGUGUAAAUCAUCUUGCAAUUAUUCCAGAAACUUAUCCUUAUCGAGAAGAUCCCCUAGCCACAUUCGAGGACAUCGAAGACCAAAUUAGUGAGGAUCGAAUAGACCAAACAGUUUCACGUCAGUAUAAUGAAAUCUUAGAUAAAAUCGAUGAAAUGGAGCGAAAUCAGCAUUCGGGUUGGAUAUAUGAGUAUGGAAAAAAGAUCUUUCUAGAAAUAAGUGCAUACCAACCACUUCAAGAUGAAAGAUGUUUUGAAGCCUUUAUAAAAGCCUAUUUAGCCAGUGAAGAAGCUCGUAGACAAGGUCGUAGGGCAAGAAAUCUUCACGAUGUCAAUAGGUUACGAAAGUUUAUAGGUGCAUCACAUUAUGGCUGUGUUAAAAUCAAAUGUGAGACCACAGAAGAAAAACUUGCAGAGGCUAUGUAUCGUACAGAAGGUUUAAGUAUAGAAAAAGAAAAUGUAUUCAAAACAGCAUCCGAAUGCUGGCUAGUUAGUGAAGACAAAAUUGAAAUAAUUGCGGACAACCAGGAGAACUAUAAGACGAUAAUAAUUGGCCAGAUAAAAUUUAUAGACUCCUGUCAAUUUCAAUUUCCGUCAUUAGAAAAAGUAGCAAGUAAUUUGUGUAGUCAAGAAAAAACUCCAGAGCAAUUAGCAAAAUGUUUUCCGAUUAUGGCACAAAGCAUACCCCAACAUUUGCUCCCAUUACUCACACAAAAAAGGGAGUACCUAUAUGAAUUGAAUGAUCCAGAGCGCUUCUCUAGGACAGAGCUUCCAUCAAGAAAGGAAUUUAACACAGUGUUAAGUGGGCUAAAUUAUUGCGACCAAGGGUGUAAAAAGUGUAAACACGAAAUAAAAGGUAAAAAGUGUAAUGGAAAAUGUAAAGAAGAGGAUUUUAAAGAAACUGAUGAUUUAAAAUUAAAAUAUCUGGAUUACCUUCAUCCAACACAUACUGAUUAUCCACUUUGUCCAGAAUGCCGAAUAGUAAAGCGCACAGAGCUUGGUCCACACCAAAAUAAUGAUUUAAUUGACAAAUUGAGUGGAGUAUUAGAGUUUGACCAAUCUCCAUGGCUCGAACCAUAUAUUACAGCCAAUACGAUACGCCGUCGUGAUGCAAAAAAUGCCUUUGAAAAAGAUUUAUGGAAAUUAAUGAACAAUGCUGUAUUCGGAAAAACUAUGGAGAAUGUCCGACGUUGCACACAAUAG